AUGAAAAAAAAAAAAAAUUAUUUACUUUUUUCCAAUUUAUUUAAGGAGAAAAUAAGAAAAAAAUAUAUAAGAAAUUUCGUGACAGUAAAGAAAAAUUAUAACCAAAAUAAUAAUUUUGAAAUAUUGAAAUAUCAUGAUAAUAUUUACAAUAUAAAUAUAUUAUUUUAUGAUAGUUUUCGAAUUUUUAAAGAUCAGGAAAUUUUACUAAAAAAGAAAAUAAGCAUUUUUAAAAAUAUAAGUAAAUGCAAUAUAAAAUAUUUUUUUUUAUAUUUGGAAUUUGAUAAAAAAUGUAAAGAACAUUUUCUUAAUAAAUCAUCUCAAAGUAAUGGAAUACACAUUCAAAUACUGACAAAGUUGAAUUACCUUUUUAUAUUAAAGAAUAUAAUAAAGAACGACACAACAUUAAAUAGGCAUAUUAAAUACAUUUAUUUAAAUCAUAUUUUGCAAAAUAAAAAAUAUAAUAAAAUAAUUUUUAAUGAAGAUUUUUUAACAAGUAGAAAUGAUCAACAUAAAUAUUUUAAUUAUUAUAACAAUAAUAAUGAAAAAACUUUGCAAAAUAACUGCAAUAAAGAUAUAACAAGAAUUUCUGAUAAAACAAAAAAUGGAAUAGUAAAAACAAAUAUUGAAAGUAAUUACAUUAUUGAUACACAUAUAUUUGAUAAUGGUAGUAUAAAAAAAAAUAAUGAUAUAAAAUAUUUUAAAUUAGAAAGUUUUUGUAAUUUAUUUAAGAAUGAUUAUAAGAUAGUGAUAUAUAGUAACAUAAAUAAUAAGAACAUAAAACAUAUAUAUUUAGAUGAAUUAGAUAGUAAUAUAGAUACUCAAAUUAAUUAUAUGUAUAUGUUUGAUAAUAAACUUUUUGAAAAAAGCUUAUUAUUACAAAUAUAUACAUUUUAUGAACAUUUUAGAGAUAAUAUAAAAAGAACAAAUGAAUUUUUAUUUUUUCUAGAUCGGAUAAGCGAAAAAAUAUUACAUAAAAUGAAUUUAAUUGAUUUAGUUUACAUUUUUCACAUCCAUACAAAGCAAAACUAUUAUAAUCAUUUAUUUUUAUAUAUUUUAAUUAAUAAAUUGGAAAAUUACUUAGAUACUAUAAUAUAUACAAAUAAUACAGAAAAAAAUCAAGUUUACAAUAAUAUAAAAUAUAACCAAAAAUCGUUAAUUGUAUUUUUUCAUUCUUUAACAAAUUAUUAUAUUUAUUUAAAUAGUGUUGAAAAUAAUAGACACAAAGAUAAAUUAAUAAAAAUUAAAUAUAUGAUAUAUAGCAAAUUUUCUUUAUAUUUUUUAAAUUACUUAGAAAAUAAUUAUAAAUCAUUUAAAAUUCUAGAUUUCAUAUUAUUUUACUCUUCUUAUUUAAAAUUAGAUAUAAAAAAUAAUUUUCUUAAAACUAUAUUAUUUGAUUAUAUAAAUCACAAAAAUUAUCUUUUAAUUCAAAAUGAUAAUAAUAAUCAUAUUAAUAUACAAAUAUAUUCCUCUUUUUUAAAUAAUUUUUCUAAAUUUUUUAUUCAGUUUAAUUAUGAUAAAAGUGAAUACAAGAAGGUAAUAAAAGCUUUAUUAAUUUUAUUUGAGAAUUAUUUUAUGAUUAUAGAAAAAUUAUUUAUUAAAAAAAAAGAUGAUGCUAUUAUAGAAUAUGAUAAAUUUGAAGUAAAUAAUAUUUUUAAUUAUAAUGGCAACUUAACAGAAAAAGACAAGAAAAACAUAAAUAAGGAAAAUAUUUUGGAUGAAAAAUAUUUUCAUUCAAAUUUAGAAAAUAAUUUUAAUGAAAAUAAUAUUCUUAAUAUAGCAGUAAAUAGAAGUAUAAAUUAUUUUACGUUGAUUAAUAUAUUAAAAAGAACUCAAAUAAAUGAAAAGGCAUUUAAAUAUGAGAAUAAUUCUUUUAAAUAUGAAAAUGAUAAAUAUCACAAUAUUUACGAUUUAGGUAAUAUUAAUAAUAAUAUAAAAUAUAUUGUUAAUUCUUUAAAUUCUAUAUAUAAGAUAAUUAAUCAUAUAAUUGUAACUUUUAACUUAAAUGAAUUUAGUAGACAAUUUAACAAAAUAUAUAUAUACAAUUUUGUAAAUAAAGUUAUAUACGAUAAAUAUAUAGAUUAUAAUAUAGAUUAUUUUAAAAAAAUAAGUAAGUACUUAUAUAUUAACUUAUACACUUAUAAUGAUAUAAAUAUUAAUCGUUUAUAUAUUUGUAACUACAUUCUUAACUUCUUCUUAUGUGACCUCAUUAAUGCAUAUAUAGGCGAUAUUAUACUAAAUAUAAGUAUUAAUGACGAUUAUAUGAUAAUAAAAAAGCUUAAUGAAAAUUUUUUUUUCUCUCAAAUUGUAUCUAAUUCUUUGGGAGCUAUUCAAAAUUUAAAAAUUUUAAGGUAUGAUCUAAUUUUUAAUAUUUCUUAUUUAAUUAAAAAAAAUAUAUUUGAUUUGGAUAUAAUUCAUUUAGCAAAUCUUAUACACUCAUUUGCAUCAUUUAAAAUAAGAGAUAUAGAAUUGAUUAAAUUUCUUUUAAAUAAAUUAAUACUUCAAAAAGAUAUAGAAAAACAUAUUAAUGAUCAAAGUUUAAGUAAUAUUGCCAUUUCACUAUUAAAAUUAGACUAUUAUAAUGAAGCAUUUAAUAAAAUUAUUUUCAAUAAUUAUAAAAACAUAAAGUCAUUGCAAUCAUUGAUAAAUAUUACAUUUUAUAUUUGCUAUUAUAAUAUGAUAUACAAAUUUUUAAGUAAAAAUUAUUUGAAUUAUUUUUUUCAACAAAUAAAUUUAUCUAAUAUAAAUAAUUUAAAUAUGGAAAGUAAGACACAGUUAAAAUUAAUAUCUAUCUUAGUACUAUUUAUGCACUGCAAUUAUUGUACACAAAACAUAAGAGACUUAUUCAAGAAAUAUAGAUAUAUUAUACAAGAAUUACAAAAAAACAUAUCGAAAAAAAAGCUUAUUAAAUCAUCAGAUAUUACCCUUUUUAAAUAUACUUUUAAAAAAAUUUAUAAUUUUAUUUUUAUAUUUAAAAAGAAAAAUCGAGUUAAGAAUUUUAGUAUUUUAAAUAAAUCAUAUUAUAAAAAAAAAAAUAUAUCUUUCAAUAAAUAUAUUAGAAAUCUUUAUAGUAAUUUAUUGUAUAAUAAAUUUUUAAGGAAAUAUAAAAAAAUAGUAUCAUUUAAUAAAUAUUCAAAUGAUACAUGCGUAGUUAAUAAUAAUGAUACAAAUAGUAAUUAUUUUAUUAAUAAGCAUUUGAAUAAUAAUUAUAAUUUAACAAAAAAAAAGGAAAAAAAGAAUUUAAAUUAUAUAAAUUUAAAUAAUUCUUUAAAUUUAUUCGAUAUUUUUAGUUAUAAGUUUAUAAAUAAUAACAGUCAUAGGUAUAUUAAUUUGAUAAAUGAGAAAAAUUAUUUGAAUAUUAAUUUUGUAGCGAUUUUUCCAUUUAUAGAAAAACCUAUAUAUUCAACUUCUAAUUUACAUAAUCAAGUUUAUGAUAUAAUAACAUCAUUAAAUUUAAAUAGGAGAAUCAUAAAAGAAUUGUCACACUUCCCAUAUUAUGUUGAUAUAGUUCUUAUAUAG